AUCGGUUAGAAUAGAUUUAAUUAAUGUUUAAAAGCUUUUAUAUUAGUUCAUCAAUUGUUCACUACUUUAUUCACAGUUAAUUUUUUCGAGUCAUUAAUCGAAAUGUUUUUGCUCUUAUUACUUUCCAACAAUUUCAUCUCAUCUCAACUUUUUUAUAACAUAUCAACUGGACUCAUCGCAUUCUGUUGUGUUACUUAUUUGAUAACAACAAUCAAGCGUUUAUUGACCUUACCGCCUGGACCAUGGGGAUUGCCUUUUGUUGGCUACCUGCCAUUUUUGGAGAAAAACAAUGAAUAUAAAGAUCUUGACCGUUUAGCAAAGAAAUAUGGACCAGUUUAUAGUUUAAGUAUGGGUAAAGAUACGGUUAUUGUUGUAAAUGAUUGGAAUCAUGCUAAAGAAGUGCUUAAAAAUGAUGAUCUACUUGCUCGACCAGAAGCUUAUGUGGCAGGUUCUCCUGUUGUAUCCUUCAUUGUAAUGUCUGGUGAACCAUGGCGGGUUCAUAGACAUAACACAGUACAUUUUUUCCAGAUUGCUCAUGAAGCCGACGGAUCUGUUGAAAUUGAAGCACCUGUUGGUUAUCAAGAAAAAUUAAAAGCUCUUCCAAAGUACAUGCAAAAUGAGAUUGAUCAACAUAAGAAGAAGCAAUCAAAAGAGUUUGAUGAUUAUAUUGAUGGUUAUUUACAGGAGCAAAAGAAGCGGAAAAAUAAUGAUUUGAAUAGUAAUGUGCCUUUCGAUGAAGAAACCUUACAAGCAAAUAUGGUUUCUGUUUACCAAGCAGGAAGCGAAACAGUCUCGACCACACUUACAUGGGCUAUUAUUCUUUAUCUGGUCAAGUAUCCUGAAUAUUACGAGAAAAUACGAGGUGAAAUUGCCAGUGUAAUUGGCUUUGAAAGGUUACCAGACUAUUCGGAUAGAAACCAGAUGCCAAUGACAAUGUCUUUCAUCUAUGAAGUCCAUCGAGCUGCUUUGAUUCUCGGAGUAAAUUUAUUUCGCGCUGCUACUUGUGAUCUAAAAGUUGGCAAUUUCAGUGUACCUAAAGGUGCCGCUGUCAUAGUCAACUUUUGGACCAUUAAUCAUGACCCUUUUUUGUAUAUAAAACCAGAUGAAUUUGAUCCAAGUAGAUUUUUAACCGAUCACGGAACCAAAGCAGUUAAGCCUCCAUUCUUGACUCCAUUCAGUAAAGGCAAAAGAGGUUGUCCUGGAGAGGGUUUUGCCAAUAUUGAAAUAUUUUUAUAUCUUGUUAGUAUUGUUCAAAGAUACAAGAUUGAAUGUGAACCUGGAUCAAUAUUAUCGUUUGAAGCUCAUUAUUCAACAAUUAGAAAACCAAAAUCAAUUCCACCGUUAAUCUUUACCAAAAUAUCAGAAAAAACUUAAGUUUCAUAUGAGAAUGAUUCUUUAACAUAAAAGACUGCAAAUGGGUGUUGAAUGAGAAUAGUUUAACAUCUUAAAUCUGGUUUAACGUGAUCUCUCAUUAUCAAUGAUAGACAAUAAAAAUUGUGGAAUGAAUUGAA